AAAAUACUUUGUAGAAUGUUAUCGGCACGUCCGAGGCUGGCUUAACCCAUCUGAGAGUAAUUCGCAAUUUUCCACCGACCAACCUUGCAUCGGACAAAGUUAAAUUCUGCGGUUCUUUAGGGUUCCUUGGUUCUGGAAAUGCUGUUUUGAUUGGAGAACUAUGAUUAAAGGACCAUAUAUCAAACUGCGACCGCACUGACCAAUAAUUAUACUGAAAGGAAAGUUUAAAUUGAUGCAUAUCUUUAAUGCAACAGACUAUGGUGCUGCCAGUGGAAAUAAGAAAUUGACAAACAGAUGGUUGUGGAGCGAUAAGCAGUACUUCCUGAUAAUCCGUCUCUGACUUAAAAAGUUUAUUAAAUUCUUUUAAAUAAACAAAGUGUAUCUUACAUGAUAAAAUUAAUUAUCAUUAAAUUCAAAGUAAAUUUAUUUUAUAAAAUCAUUAAUUAUCAUAGAAAUUGAAAAUUGAAAAUUUUUAUCUUUCAUCAAAUUCUACCUGAAAAACAUGAAUUUUUUAACUCUAAGUCGCCUAAACGCAUUCAUAAACAUAAUCUCUGGGAACAUGUUACCAGUAACCAGCAAGAAAACAAAUCUACCCAUUAAUUUAAAGAUCUAUUGGGUGAUAGUGUGGAUGAUACAGCUGUCAUACUUAACAGCCUGCAUUCUCGGGAUCCACUACGUGCCUACAGAGAACUCUCUGAAGGAUAGCACUGUAGCAAUGGCGGUCACAGUGGAAGCCAUUACACUAAGUGUUUAUAUGAACAGUCGUAAAAACCUUCUACGACAAUUAAUCGAGCAACUGAAUGAGACCUUGAAGGAAGGCGAUGAGAUGCUAAGAACCAUCACAAUGGAAACAGUGAAGCCAUUGCAGAAGGUAUUGAAGAUGUACACUAUUGGCAGCAUCGGUUCUGUUAAUAUUUGGAUACUUCUGCAGUUCGUUAAAAUGACCCGGAAAGAAUUCUAUUACGUGGAUUAUAGGGUGCCUGCUGUAUUUUCUGCAGAGCCAUUUUCGGUCAACGUGUUCUUAGCAGGUGGAAUGUUGGUGUGUAUGGGUAGCACGUACGCCAUUGCUAAAAAAGUUAGUCUCGAUCUUUAUAUGAUACACUUGGUUCGGUUGAUGACAGCACAGUACAAGUAUCUGAGGAUCAGAUUCGCAAUGAUUCUUCGACAUAACCUAAAAAAUGUGGAGGAUGAUGUUUGGCAGAGCGUGUCUUGGGAGGAGGAGCAGAAGGUUAAGCAGGAGAUGAGGAUGCUGACUUGUCAUUACGAAAGUAUAAUUAAAAUGGCUACCAUACUGAAGAAGGUCCUAGCACCUAACAUCGGAGUUCUUUAUAUAAACAAUGUUUUUCGGUUCUCUUUCCUAAGCAUUAUGUUAAUGGCUUCUGCGACAGAAAUGGAAAAAUAUCUGAUCAUGUCGUACUCAAUUGGUGCAUUGAUUCAACUGUACAUGUUGUGCUUCUCGAUUCAAGAAUUAUUCGAAGCGAGUAUAGCAGUGGCUGACGAUGCAUUCUAUGAGAAAUGGUGCGUUUAUGACACCUCCUUACUACACGCAACAGCCAUUAUGACUUUCGGCAGCAAAUUAGAAUGCAAAUUGUCCAGUGUACGAAGCAUUGACCUAACCUUACCAACCUUCAUGUCGAUUCUGAAUCAAGCAUACUCGGUAUGUUUAUUGUUCUUAAAAGCAAGGUAAGGUUAGAACGGUCUAAUAACAAUGAAACUGUGUUUCAAUUGAAAUAUAGUGAUGUAUAUCUACAAGUAAAUAUUACUUCAGAAUUUUAUUAAGUAAUGCUCUUUAUGGAAAAAUAUUAUCUAUAAAACCUAUCCUAACUAAGCGUCUACUAGUGGCGCCCUCUAUCUCUAAUGGAAUCCUAACUUUAGGGUGCCAUAUGUGUUCCCAACAGUAGCCAUAUGUCUAACCACUGAUUCAAUUAUGGAGUUCAUUAUAACUUACCUCUAGUUUUGAAAGGCCUCGAUGGUUGAGAAUACCCCCGGGAUCCAUUUUCAUUAAUAGCCGCUAUACGAAAUUGAUACCAAUGUCCAGUUUUCAAUCGUUCACGAAGGGUUGCAUGGGACUUUGUCGAAACGUGUCGAACCGUCCAGGAACUCAAUCUGGAUUCCAGAUACCUUGGUCCAAGUAGAUGUCGUUCUUCCACCAAGUACCUAAUAUUCUUAUCUAAAGACGACGAAUUAAGGCAUUGUCCUUUAGAGUUGUGCCAAGUUAAAAGAACCAAGUUGUUCUUUUGCUGUCUGAUUUGGAGAUUCUCUGGAAUUGGAGGUAGAUCUGGAAACAAUAAUUUAUAAAUUAUUGUUGAUAUGAAUUUGUUAAUAUUUCAAUCAAUUAAAGAAUCGAGGCAAAAUAAACUUAUAGGGUUUAAAUCCGAAAUGGUGAACAAUUCCGCACACACCAGUUCUAUUGUCUAAGCCAAGGGGGUGCAUACAAGUGACACCGCAAUCGUGUCUGCAGCAUUUUGCUAGGUCUGGACAACGGGAAUCGUCGGUGCAUGCCACUAAGCAAACAGCUUCGAAGAGUGACAUGGACGCCUUAUCAGGGCAGUAACCAGGUUUCGUGUAAUUGGAUGCCAAGCAAUUCUCCAUGCACUGAAACAGAGUAAAGAACAAGUGAUAUCUUGGUAGGCACAAUUGAAGAAUUUUCAGGGAAACCAGUUAAUGGUACUACCAAUAUAGCAAUUUAGGAAGUCGUCCUUAUUAGUCGGAGGUAAAGGGGUGCGAAUGAUACUUAGAGGUGCCUUUUAUCGUACUAUAUUAUAGCUGGUCAAUGGCCUGAACGAUGCGAUCACGAGGGUAGAGCUACAUUGUAGUUACAUUGCUCGUAAAAAGUAGGCCAAUAAGUAAGCAAACCAGUUCCUUCGACCGUUCGAAUGAUGUAUACCCCCAUUGCAGCAGCGGGGCGGCAGAAUAUACGCCAGCAUGCUAAAGGAGGAUUUCCUCAGGGUCCAAAGUAGGGUGGCUCUCUUACUCCGUAAAUCUGUCGAUCUUACAAGCUUUGCAUUUCGAUCAGAUCACCAUCUCUGUCCAAUAUAUCUUUUCUUCUUCAUUUUUUAAUACCGUUCAAAUGAAUUCUGAAAGUUUUUCUUCGAAGCUCGGUUUAUCGAUUUUAUAUUUUAACGAAAUUUAUGAAAAUGAGAACAUACGGUUUGGAAGAUAAAUUCGAUUUUAUUGAAAUUAGAAUUGAAAUUAAAGUUCAUUCAAGAUACGUUUCUUCGAAUAUAGUUAGCAGCCAAUUGGCGAUAGUCGGAGCAUUUGCUCUUACUUUUUCACAGUACACUCGCGUGUCCGUUUCUGCGACUGGAAGUGCUCAACAACGCACUUCAUUUAAUAUUGCACUCGAUUUUACGAUGUUCUUGCGUGCUACUCAUACACGAAACGACAAUGUUUCGCCGACAGCGAAAUGAUGAAGAGACUGAGAUUGCGAUCAAAUUUAUGCAACAUAUCGUCCCACCAUGCAACCAAAAAACAACUUGUACAACAUUUAUUUCUUUUACAUUAGCAAACGUGACAGGACAAAAUGCAAAUAUAUCAAUUCAUCCGUUCUAAUUGGUUCUUCCAACUUCGUUAUUGAACAAAGGAAAAAUAUAAAAUAAGGAGUAUUAGACAUUAAAGUAUUUAAAAUGGAGAAAGCCCGAAUUUUAAUUUAAUCUUGUGUUUCAUCUUAUUUUCAUUUUCUGAAUUUUAAAAAUAUUCUAAUGUUAUUAGUUGUACUUACUUUUUCCGGAUAAUUACUACCGCAAUAAGCGUCGCAUCUAGCUACUCUGAUGGAAUCGUAUUCUUCAAUGUACUUUGUCCACGAGGCAAGACAUCCUGGUAAAAGCAACCACCAAAGCCACCAUUCUGUAAAAAACACAUGGCGAUAUUGAAUGACACUGUGGUACAAAUUUAAACCUCCGGGAGAACAAAACGCCAUGACUUUAAAACGGAUUAUGUUACCGUUCACUAAGAAAAGUAAUGAUAAUAAAAUAAAAGGGGUGUGCAAUCAUUACCAUUAUCAACUUUGUAAGUACAUUCUAAAAUAUAAAGAUACAAAACAGAGAAGGGUAGUAGAAAUAGAUAUUGAAGAAAAUAAAAAUAAUUUAAAUACUUUUCAAAAGAUUUUCUUUUUUCAAUUUAAAAGAAAAAUAGAUAGUGAGCUUGUUGCAACUAUAUUUAUUAAAAGGUAGUUUUCAAAGAAUCUUUACCAAGCAAAGGGUAAUUCAAUAGUACAUGUACCCCAUAGAUUCUCAACUUUUCAUGAUUUGUGGCUCCCUUUCAAGUUUCACAUGUUUCUAUAACCCCCAUCAAUCAUAGUUGUCUGAGGAAAAAAGAAACCAAGAAAUAAACAUUAAAAAUUGCAUUUAUUAUUUUAAAAAUACAAAAUGGAUUUUCUUGAUUGAUUUUUUGGGCUGUACCACCCUUGAAGUGUUGUAUGACCCCAUUGGGGGAGGGGGUUAGUUGAGAAACACUGACGUAACUGUUUUAAAUGCAACAGUGUCACCAGACCAAGAGUAAUUAACCUUUAACACAUAUUGAAAUCCACUGAGAACCUGUGUAACACGGAUCAGACGCAUAAAUUAGUGAGAUCUCUAUGGUUUCACGGUAGUAGCAGGCCACAUGUGGCGAAAAUGCCAUACGUUCGUGGUAACCCGGUCCCUGAUCACGUAGUCGUCGAACGAUAUGCGUGAUUAACACGCUAAACUUCUCUUCGUGGCUUUUGCUUCACUCACGUUGCACUUGGUGCGUGUUUAGUGGCGAAAUCUGAGUUGUCCAAGUCGAAACAUUGCUCUGUUUACACGAAAUGUCUCGUUGGACCGAUGAAUAACUUUCGACUCCAUCACAGCUCUUCUACAUUAACUCUCAAUAUAUCAUUUACUUAAAUAAUUCCAUCAAUAUUAUCCAAUUUAUAAUUAAAUACUUGAAUUCGUCAUAUUUAUAAAUGUCUUAAUUUUUGAACCUGACUAUCGAGCACCUUAAUGAAUUCGUUUGAGCAACACAAGGACCUUCAAUCAGUGAAAUUCGCUGAGGAAGUAGGCAAGAGGUAUUUUACAAAAACCGGUUCAAUUAUCGUGUGGCCUUUACCGUGGUUUGUAAUGGCACGACGAUAAGAAAUUAAAUGGAUUCCCGGUGCUUCUGAAAUGCUUCUGUUUUAUGUACCUCUUUAUGAUCGUUUCCCGUUACUUCGAUAUUAAAGCAUCUUUCUUUUUUUUUUUUCCUUUUCAAUGCUUUGUUGGAGAUCUACUAUAUAAACUUCGAUACUAAAAUAUUAGUAUUUUUUUAAAUGGUCAGGGUGGCUUAACCCUUUGAGGUUGUGCUGCUGAUCAAUAUCAUGGGCCAUCGAUGACUCAUGUAGUCUUAAAAGGUAUUGAUGAUUAUUAAACAUUGAUACUGAACAAGAAGAUGAUAUUGAAGUAUCAGCUACAAAUUAAUAUCGAUGACAAUGUGUUUUGUAUUCACAGCAGGCCAUUGGCCAUCUGAAACUUGUUCUCCCAUUUAUUACAAUGUAACUGCACAUCAUCCUUUAAAUUGCAUAUGUAUCAUUCUAUCAAAAAAAGAUUCAUUUCGUGAUAAUUCGAUCUUCAAUAAUGUUGUUUAACAAUAAUGAUAAUUGUUAUUCUUUUUGAAACUAUAUAAAAAAUGAAAAUAUGAAAUGCAAAAUUAAAUUAAAAUUGGGGCUCUCUCCGUGGUCCGCCAUUCCAGGGUUGAGUCAUUAUCAAAAGAUAUUGUCAUUAUUUAUUUGCCAUAAUAAUUAAAAAUUAAACAAUUGUACCCAUCGAUAAUAUAUAAAUAUAUGCCCCAACAAAAAGGAAUAAAUGUCCUAUAAAUUCCAAGGGGCAGGAUAUACGUCCCUCAUACUCAUAAGAUUAACCAUAAUUGUUUUUACGAGAUGUUUAUCGAAAUUUAUAGAAUCUAAUAAACAUCUAAUGAAAACAAGAAAAUUGCAAACUUUCCAAUUGCAAGAAUUGAAACCUGCUUUCACAUAAACCGGAAAGCAUACCUUUAUCGAAAACAAAAAGAGCUGAUUGAAAUUAAAGUGGCAUGUUAAUACCGGUCAACCAAAGUGAUUAAGUACUAAGAAUUUAUUUCUUAAUAACACAUUAAUUUUCAACCAAAUUUAUAUACGAAAUAAGAAGAAGGUUCUAAAAAGUAAAAAA